UACUUGGAAUGGCAGGGCCUAUUUUGACUCCCAGUCCAGGCCUGUAAGUACCCUUAUACAGACCAAUUCAAUGGCAGUGGCUGACAUAUUAGCCAGCAGCAGGUUUGGGGCUCAUUUGUAUUACAUUUCAGGACUUAAUGUAAAUGACAUAUGGUACAUUUGACUAAAAUACAACAUAAGUGGAUAUCAGUAAGUCCUUUACAUGCUUUGCCUGGGUUGUUCUGGCACACAUGAAUGAGGGGGCAUAUGAUAGCCUUCAGGUAAAUGACAGCAGCAGGGAAUUAUCUAUCAUGCAAAUGGAAAGGCGAGGCAUCUGUUGGACAUGAUGUGCUGAAGAUUAGUUAGCCGUGUGUGACUUUUGCUAGGCUCCCAUUCGCUCUACAUAGAGUCAGCCCCCGGCUGCUGUCACAGCUCCAGCCCUGCCCUCCCUCAGCCCCUCUCACAGACUGUACGGACAUAAAGUCAGAAAUAACAAAAGCCCGGCAAGAAGGCGGCUCAGCUCCAUGCUCACAAGGACCGCGGAAAACCAGUGGAAAAAAGAGCGAGGAAAAGGAAAGUUGGAAAACACACAUUUCUCUAUUUGGAAGGAGAAACCAUCGUGCGAUUCUACAGAGCGCCGGGCUCCAUUGUGUCUGUGCAUCAGUGUGUGAGUGAAAAGAGAGCCGCCUUCUCUCGCUAAGGACUCCCAGCUGAAGGCACUGGCACCCCAGCCAUGAAAGCUGCGCUAGAUCUCAAACCGACAUUAAGCAUCAAAACAGAGAAAGAGUAUGAAGCGUAUUCGUGCUCGGAUAUGGAAUGUGCAGAUGUCCCGCUUCUGACACCCAGUAGUAAAGAGAUGAUGUCUCAAGCUCUACGUGCCACUUUUAGUGGCUUUACAAAGGAACAACAACGUUUAGGGAUCCCCAUUGAUCCCCGAGAAUGGACAGACAUGCAUGUGAGAGAGUGGGUCUCGUGGGCAGUGAAUGAAUUUACUCUGAAAGGAGUGGACUUUCAGAAGUUCUGUAUGAGCGGAGCAGCAUUAUGUGCCCUGGGGAAGGAAUGCUUCCUAGAACUGGCACCAGACUUUGUGGGAGAUAUCUUAUGGGAGCACUUGGAGAUCUUGCAGAAAGAAGACUCAAAACAAUACCAGACUAGUGAAAUAACCCCAGCAUACCCAGAAUCAAGAUACACUUCAGACUACUUUAUCAGUUAUGGAAUUGAACAUGCACAGUGUGUUCCACCCUCUGAAUUCUCUGAACCUAGCUUCAUCACAGAGUCAUAUCAGACCUUGCAUCCCAUCAGCUCAGAAGAACUCUUGUCUUUGAAAUAUGAGAAUGACUACCCUCUAGGACUGCUGCGUGACCCCCUGCAGCCUGAAUCUCUUCAGGGCGACUACUUCACCAUCAAACAGGAGGUAGUGACUCCAGACAACAUGUGCCUGGGACGCAUCAGUCGUGGAAAACUUGGUGGGCAGGAGUCCUUUGAAAGUAUUGAGAGCCAUGACAGCUGUGACCGCCUCACACAGUCCUGGAGCAGCCAGUCCUCAUACAACAGCCUUCAACGUGUGCCAUCUUAUGACAGUUUUGAUUCGGAAGACUACCCACCUGCUAUGCCGAGCCAUAAAUCCAAAGGCACUUUUAAAGACUAUGUAAGGGACAGAGCGGAACUCAACAAAGACAAACCUGUCAUCCCUGCUGCUGCUCUAGCUGGCUACACAGGAAGCGGACCAAUUCAGCUGUGGCAGUUUCUCCUGGAGUUACUGACAGACAAAUCGUGCCAGUCCUUUAUCAGCUGGACAGGGGAUGGCUGGGAAUUUAAGCUGUCUGAUCCAGAUGAGGUUGCAAGACGCUGGGGAAAGAGGAAAAACAAGCCUAAAAUGAACUAUGAGAAGUUGAGUCGUGGGCUCCGCUAUUAUUAUGACAAAAAUAUAAUUCACAAAACAGCAGGAAAGCGAUACGUCUACCGUUUUGUAUGCGACUUACAAAGUCUUCUGGGAUAUGUACCAGAAGAACUGCACGCCAUGCUUGAUGUUAAACCAGACACUGAUGAAUAGAGUUUAGUAGACAGAAGUAUGGAGCAAAGAAAAAGACAAAAAUCCACAAACCCUAAUCUCUGCGCCACUUUUUUCCCUCCUGGAUGCGCAGGAUAGAUAUGAAGCCUUUGGGGUUAAAGGAUAUGACUAGAAAUGGACACUGCUUAGUUCGUGAGUGGGCCUUGGGAUAAUGUUUGAAGUUGGUUACUCUGCAUUACCACUGCCAAGGAAAAGCCUGGGCCUUUCCACACCCUACUAUUUAUGCAGAACAGGAAGGAGAGCAAUUUGAUUGCUUACUUUAGUAACCAUUUUAUUUCCAGAUGUUGUGCCAGUAUUUCAUAUAUUUUUUUUUCUGAAUUAAUGCAUUUUUUGCUUCAGUCCUUGUUUCAUGUGUAGCCAGCUUUUAUGAAGAGAUGCAAACUGAUAUCAAUUGUCUGACAGACAACAAAAAAAGAGGAGGAAGUGUUAAGAAAACGAAUGAAAAGCACACAAAGAUUUCAUAGGUCCAACAGCAGCUACGAAGAUUUCACGACUUCGUUUUGCAGAGCCAUAUUACUGGAACAAUUAAUCUGCUUGAUUCAAGCCAUAACCGAGCAUAGUUCUGGCAAUGAUGUAGAGGUAUAGAUGGGUUAAGCGCUCCUCUCUGUCCACGUGGCUAAAGAGGUUUUUCUCAUGUGUUCAGUUUUCUCGAGGACAUGAAUAGUAGUAACCAAAUAUAUUCCUUCUCUGCAUGUACCUUGAACUUCUAUUUUGAGGAAAGCAUCUUCAGAUUAUACUCUCCUCCUUUUACUUGCAUUGCAGUGUUUACUGAGCCACACCUAAAUGGUUGAGCUGAAGUCCCGUCCACCAUGUUAAACAUUCCCAGAAUGUAUUUUUUACAGAUAAGAGAAUUCUAUGUGUAUAUAUUUUAUAAGAAACUUUUUAUGAAAAGGUUGUACAGAUAUAUUGUCAGUUGUAUGUGUUCUUUUAUUUUUCACAUAAGUGCCAAAGAGGACGUUGAUUUACAUACAAACAGGAUGGGGAUGUGCCAGUGCCAUCCCAGCAGUUGCAGAACACUGAUGCCAGACAUCACCUACUACUGCACAACUAGUGGGACAUGCUGGAAUUGUGGUUCUGCAGCACCUGGCAUGGGUAAGGCUACCUAUCCCUCAGCUAGGACAAUCUUAAAGCAGUUCAUAAAAUCUUCAGGGAUGAAAUGUGCAAUGAAAGCUGCAGAGGUUUAUUAAUCUGACCACUGCAAAAGAAUUAAUCUCUUAAUGAAAAGCACAUUUAAAGGGAACUUAUAGCUAAAAUGCCAGUUGCUUUUUUAACAUAGCUUAUACGGUUGAUGCAAAAAGAUCUGACUGGUAAAAAGCAGCUCUUGAAGUAGUUAAGCAAUUGGCUGAGCAAACAUUUCUACAUGAGGCAAUUUACCACAUAUAAGCAUGGGUGUUAGCAUUUCGGAGAAUUGUUGAACAUAUAGCAUUCCUCAGUUUUGCUACUAAAUUGGAAAGAAGAACGGCAGAUGGCUGAUCACUUUAUUAUUUUUCUUCAUAACAGACUUCAGCUAGUCAUAGGACAGCAUAGAUUUGUAGGGUUAUAAACGCAGGUCCCUUCUGUUAAUAAUUUCUGAAAGCCAGAAAUGACAAACGUGUGAUUCAUAGAAAGCUGAAGGACUGCAUUUAUGCACUUACAAGCGGCCAUGUUGUAUGGAGCUUGGAUGAAGGUUAAUUAUAUGGGACAAUAACAGAACAGUAUUAGAUGUUUGUAUUCCAUUCAUCAAUUGUCUGUUCAGGUCAAUAACCUUUUUUUGUUCACAUUCUCUGUUUGUUUAUAGUUAUUAAGAUUAGAAGAGUUGAACACUCAUGCCUCUCAACUCAGAAGACAUUGGGGGUUUUUAGCAUUAACUUUGCUUUUAGUUUGAACAGGCAAUAGCAGUGUCUUUCAAAGUGAUUACACCAAAUGUCUUUUACAUCUGGCACCUGUUUUCAACAAUCUACUCAAAAUGUUCUUUCUAAUAUGAAGUCCUUAUGAGGGCUAAAGAAAUAACAUGCUCAGGCGCUAUGUAAAUACAAAGACUUUUAAUUUGUUUUGGAAAUAGUGUUGUAUUUUGGAACUUCAAAUUUUAAGAAACAAUUGAUGUAACAAGGAUCCUUUUUUAUUUUUACUGCAGAAAUCCCCCCCCAUCAGUCUAUCCAUACCGUUAUAUUUUAAAACCUUCACAGUAUUAUUUAUGUAAAGUGCCUUCUUGUAAAAGUCUAUGGAAUAGGUAACUUAAGGCACUGAUGGAAUGUUUAUUGGGGUGGGGAGGGACUACAGAUGUCCAAAUCAUUUCCCAUUUGAUGGACAUUUCAACAAACCGGGGGCUGCUUUAUACAUUCCAUUUGGUGUCAACCCAUUUUUAACUGAAUAGUUCUGUUAAAUAAAUAUUUCAUCAGCCAGUGGAUUUUGAAGAGUUGCUUGCACAGUUUUUUUUCUAGUUUUUGUUACAUGAAAAUAUUUUUAUUUAAAACACCAAUUCCUCGUGCGAGUUAUCAAAAAAUAAACAUCUUAUGAUAUUCAUUCCACUUCUGUCUCUUCACUAUUAUGUGAUGUUUUGGUUUUUCUUUUAAUACAUUUUUUUGGGUCUAUAUUUACCAUUACCUGUUCAGAGUUGACUGGUGCUUUAAAUUUCAACGGUGCAUCGUUAGGGAAACUGCUAAAGCUGGCCAUAGACAGAAAGAUAUAGUCAUACGAAUUGGAUCAUCUCAACAUUUUUCGGACCAUGGCGAUCAGUCAUUUAGUCAAUCGGACAGGUUAAAAUAUUUCUGUUGGCUAAUAAUAAUCUCUCUGCAUGUAUUGCCUAUCUGACGAUAUCAAUGGGUGACUGUCACUACUAUUUGUCGGACAUAACCUUCAUAUGAUUGCUGUCAUAAGCACAACAUCGUCUGAUUUGUUCUUUUAUUACUUUAUUUAAUGUGAAUGGUUUGUGGCAGGUUAGAAGAUUGGGGUGUCCGAUCGUUCGUCCGAUACAAGGAUGAAGUCUGGUACGUCUGGCCAGCUUUAGUCUUAGCACUGAAGUAAUUUGAUAAUCACGUUAACACACACUGACCAAAUUUGCCAGUAACGUAACUAUAGGGGCCCUGGCGUGGGAUGCGCAGCCGGGCCCCCCCGCCCCCUCCGUACGCUCUUUUCGGCCGGAAUCCAGUGACGUGCGAGCUGCCAGGGGGGCUCCCCUGGUAGUUACGCCACUGAAAUUUGCCCCACUGCCGUUACCCACACUAACCAAUAAGAGUUUACUUUCAUGGUUCCACUAUAAGUAACAAAAUAAAAGUUACUUGCUAAUUCAUUGCAGUUACCUAGUGUUAAUAUAUGAGUUGCACUGUUGUUUCUUGGCAUAGCAUUAUUUUUCUGCUAAGCAAGGGGUCACAUCCUGUAGAACAGGAAAAGCUAAACACGUUUAUAACUAGUAUACACUGGCACGUUUAACCUGCACUUAAACAACCAAUUUAAAUGGAUCAUUUAACAUUAUAACUUUUAUGUGGUUGUUCACACAAAUGACUGAUUGUUGCAUGGAGUUGUAACUUGCAUUCGACCUGACCCGCAGGACAGAUUAUCACACCAUUCCUUCAUUUCUAUUGCAUGAUGUAAGAUGAUGUUUGUCUUUGAACAUCCAAUCAAAUCAAGCACAUUAAAAAAUGUUAUAUAACAGUAUCAGAUUAUCAUCCUUCAACCUCUCACAAUGUAGCCAGUGACAAUGUAGCUCAGCAAUUUUUAAUAUCAUGCUUAAAUAUAAGCUGCAUGAUUUGCUCCAGAACAGUUGGAUACAAUAAUUCCCAAUAAACAUUGACUUUACAUUUUCUUAUUAUAUUGCCCACAACAAUAUUAGUCAAACUGUUGAAUCUUGUUUUGAAAUCCUACAUUAUCCUAUCCAGUAAUCAUGUAGUAUUGCUGUGAUUAUCUGCUCUCUUGUUACACCCUAGAUCUGAAUGCACAAACUUUUUUCUGUUAUUAGACAGAUGGCCAGUAUUUUGUUUUACGGAGCUUUAGAAGAUACACUCUCAACUGUACUGAGUGGAUCUUUUUAGAUUUUACCAAUAUUAGCCAUUGUCCUCAAGAAUCACGUGGCUACAAAUAUUUGACUUCAUCAAAUUUCAAAGGAAAUCAACUAUGACUCUCUAUCUAGCAAAACUC